CCCCCGUCAAUAUAUUAGCACUGUAAUGUUUCAGGCCACCAAACGCAUACUCUCUCUCUAGAAUCUAGGGCUUGACUUUAUCGAUUCUAUCAAACUUUCCCUCUCUAUUCUAUUAUAUGCAUCCAAACGCGGCAUUUCCACGCCAUUUCAAUUCCUCUCCGGUUCUCUCUCUUCAAACAGGUAAAAGUUUUCUCUUCCCUCUGAUCCAAGCGUCGUCGUCUCUGAAGUUCAUCCCCACUCAUUAUUCUGAGCACAAUUCUCUUCAGAAGAAGACGCGAUAAACGGCGUCGUCCCUUUACAGCUCGUUUUACCUGCUUGUUUUUUGUGUUUUGGAGAACGACUCAGAAUUGAGUUGAGUUCGUCUAGACUGAACCUGAAACACUGUUGAGCUGGUUCUUUGUUUUUGAGAAAAAAGAAAAUUAAUCACGUCGUCGUUCCGGUGUCGCGUUUUGACGUGAAAAAGGAGAUUUGGAUAUCAGUAUCUAGCGUUGGAUUGUUGUGAAGUUGAGACAACAAUGAGUACGCAAAUUUUGGAGAUUCAGCCCAGAGAAUUGAAAUUCUUAUUUGAAUUGAAGAAGCAAAGCUCAUGCUCAGUUGCGCUAACUAACAUGACCAACCGCCAUGUUGCUUUUAAGGUUAAAACUACAUCCCCUAAGAAAUACUGUGUGCGACCAAAUGUUGGUGUUAUCUUACCAAAAUCUACUUCUGAAUUUUCAGUUACAAUGCAAGCUCCAAGGGCAGCACCACCUGAUAUGGAAUGCAGAGAUAAGUUCUUAAUCCAAAGCACAAUUGUUUCUUCUGGGACAACUGAUGAGGAUAUUACAGCUAGCAUGUUUGCUAAAGAUGAUGGCAAGUACAUUGAAGAGAAAAAGUUAAGAGUAACUCUUAUUAGCCCACCCAACUCACCAAUGCUGUCACCAAUCAAGGUAGACUUGAAGCAGGGGCUGGGGCAUGAAGCUUUGAAUGAUCAAGUAUUUGGUGGGGUUGCAAUCCUCCCUCAACAGAACAUGUAUGCGAUGAAGCAGGUUACAAGGGAUGCAAAGUUCACAUCUGUUAAUAGCAAGGAGUCCAAGCCAAUAACGGAUGCUGAGUUGAAACCAGCAAAGGAUGUGGAGUUGAAACCAGCAAAGGAUGUGGAGUUGAAACCAGCAAAGGGUGUGGAGUUGAAACCAGCAAAGGUUGUGGAGUUGAAACCAGCAAAGGAUGUUGAGUUGAGACCAGAAAAAGAUGUGGAGUUGAGACCAGAAAAAGAUGUGGAGUUGAGACCAGCAAAAGAUGUGGAGUUGAAACCAACACAGGAUGUGGAGUUGAAACCAUCAAAGGCUGUGGAGUUGAAACUAGCAAGAGAUGUGGAGUUGAAUGCAGAAAAGAUUGUGGAAGACUUGAAGUUGGUUAAAGAUAUUCAGGAGAUAAAAUCAAAGCUAAAUGAACUUGAAUUAAAGCUGAGCCAGGCUGAAGUUACUAUUUUAAAGCUAAGAGAGGAGAGGAGUUCAAGCAUUCAGGAGAGAAAAAAAUUACAGGAGCAAUUAGCACAACUGAACCAAAGGGGGGUGAGUGUGAAAAGAGUCCAAGUUGGGUUUCCUCUACUAUAUGUUUGUAUGGUGGCGCUUAUCAGUGUUGCUCUUGGAUACUGUCUUCACCCUUGAAACAAUGUGUAUGAAGCUACUACCGUCAGUCAGUAGUUAGAUAAACACGUAUAAAAUCAUUUUCCUCUCAUUAUAAAUGUAUAGAUGAGGUAUAGAGGGGACAGUCUAGCCAAUAUACUCACAGAUAAGUGAAGUGUAUGUAUACACGUUGUUCUCAUCCCCAUAAAAAGGGGAAAAAAAACCAUGUGAAAGCUUUGGUUGAUAGCCAAGAAGCCAUCUUUUUGUUUGUGCAGACAUGUUAUUGUGAAUUUGUGAUACUGGGGUUGAAAGUUUGGAACAAAAAUUAGAAUGAGAAUUAGAGGCAUGAUGAUUUUAAGGAUUA